AUGCGCCCCUGUACCGCCUCCUCAUGCUGCUGCCAGGUCCAGAGUGUGUCAUGGGCCCCCCAUACCGACUCCUCAUGCUGCUGCCAGGCCCGUAAUCUGUCAUGGGCCCCUAUACCGCCUCCUCAUGCUGCUGCCAGGUCCAGAGUGUGUCAUGGGUCCCUUUACGGCCUCCCAUUGCUGCUGCCAGGCCCGUAAUCUGCCAUGGGGCCCCCGUACCAACUCCUCAUGCUGCUGCCAGGCCCGUAAUCUGUCAUGGGCCCCUGUACCGCCUCCUCAUGCUGCUGCCAGGUCCAGAGUGUGUCAUGGGUCCCUGUACGGCCUCCCAUUGCUGCUGUCUCCAUCGCCACACUCUGCCAUGUGCCACUUUCAGGUCUCCUCACACUGCUGGUGGGUUCCAUUUUGUCAUAGGGUGCUGUAUGGCCUCCCAUUGCUGCUGCCUCCACCGCCACACUGUGGCUCCACACUCUGGUUUUGGCCCCGUGACUGCCCAAAUGAGUGAAGUGUGCGGUGAUUCUAAGAUCGACGGCACUCAUCUGCAUGUCAUACUGACUGACAGUAUUAUUUCUCUUCCCCAGCAGACUCCAAGGGCAUUUAAAUUAAAGGUACAGUGUUCUGCACUAAUAUAA